CGAAAGAGUGUUAACCUGAUUGCAUAACAAGUGGACACGUUUUUCUAUAAUAGUCUUGGUUAUUCUUAUAUUUUUUUCUUGUUAUAUAUUCUUGGUAACAAACAAGAUUAGUCUUCUGGUCAAUGUUGCCUGUAAAUUGAAAAUUUAAAGAUGUCUGGUAAGAAAGGAUCUAAUCGUGUGAAAGGUAACUUGAAGCCAUCAAGUAGCAGUCAAGCUGCAAGUUUACUGGCUGGCCAAACUCCUGGCUUUAUUGGUUUUGGUGCCCAAACGUCACCAUCUUUUGUUCCUCUAAGCCAUAUUUUGGAUGAUGUAGAUAGCACUUUAGACUCUGAUGUACGACUUUUACUUCGAAAAUUAUCUAAAAGAGACACAACUACAAAAAUAAAGGCAUUGCAGGAACUGGGAGCAAUUUGUCAACAGAAAGAUGCAGAUGUUAUUAAAUCCAUGCUUCCCUUUUGGCCAAGACUUUACAACAGACUAUCUAUUGAUACUGAUCACAAAGUACGAGAGGCUGUUCAACAAACAUUUUUAAUCAUAACUAGUCAAGUUAAGAAGGAAAUAGCCCCUUACUUGAAAUCAAUAAUGGGUUGUUGGAUAUUAAGCCAGUGUGAUACCUAUCCUACUGUUGCUUCUGCUGCAAAUCAAGCUUUCCAUAAUACCUUCCCAAGUGGGAAACAGAAUGAAGCUCUGACAAUUUACCGACAAGAAAUAAUUAAUUACUUUGUGGACAAUCUAGUAAAUAAAACCGCACAGUCCUUAAGUGAUUCAAAAACAACUGAUUCAGAAGAUAUGGAAAGUAAAUAUACCCGUACUGUAGCAUCUUCUUUAUUAGGUUGUAGAAAACUUAUUAGUGCUAUACCAGAAGAUAAAUUGUCAACACUAGUAUCAUCAAUUAUCAGCUUGUUUGAAAAUGGAAAAUUUUGGAAGCAUGGAAAAUCAGUGGUACCUAGUGUAAAAGCUGGACUUUAUUCAUUUCUUGCAGUAGUUUGCCAAAGGUACCCUGAAGUAGCAAAUAGUUAUAGUAGUAAGCUAACUCCGCUAGUACUUCACAACCUUGAUAUUUCAAAUCCAUUAAUUGUUGGGUCUAUGUGGGAAGCCAUUCUAUCUUUAGUGAAUUAUUCACCAGUCUGUUGGGAGCAUAUUUCCUUGCAGAAAGCAUUUUGGCCUAAACUGAGGAAAUCAUUAGAAGGGGGUUGUCAUGGUAAUGCAUCAACAAUAGCCCCAAAUUUAAUGCCUCUGCUCAGCAAAAUUCCAGUAAACUUAUACCAGUCUGAUGGUAAAAGUACUUUUUAUCUAGAAUUUUUAACAUCCAUGAGAACAGGAUUUAAAGUGGAAAGUGUAUCACAAAGUAAUAUUGAAUCUUCAGCUCUAAUUAAAGCUUAUAUUGAAUGUUGUCGUUACACCAUAAAUCAAACAACACUUGUAGAAAAUCCGAAAGAAGAGAUAUCAAAGAAUAUCCUUGAUGUGUGCAUUUUAGACCUUUUAAAAUCCACACUGACUGAAGAGAAAAUAUCUGCAAUUGCUUCACCUUUGUAUUCUUGUGUAGGAUCAUUUAUGAAAUCUUUGGAUAAGUCUUCAAAAGAUAAGGGACUAUCAGAAUAUUUCUGGAAUCAGAUCAGAGAUUUUCUUUUUACCCUAUUAAAAGAUCAGUCUCAUGGAAUAACUGACAGGCUCUCAGCUUUAAUGAAGGGAUUUUUGGUGCCAAGUUUCUCUACUAAGAAGGCUUUAAGAUUUGCUGAUAAUAGUGUACAAAAAUAUAAAAGAGAUCCUGUUACAGUGUUAGUCAACCCAGACACAUUGUCCGAUAGUUUUUCUGACUUCUAUGCUUCUAUUUUAGUUUAUGUGUAUAGUGAAAUGAUAGUGGAAUCCAAACAGGAACUAUAUUUACCGUUUUUUGCAGACAUGUUUGAUCUAUACAUAACUAAAAAUAUAUUAUCAAAACUCCUGUCCUUGGAAGAAAAUCAAGAUAAAAAUAUUUUUGUUGAAUUUUUUAAAGUAGCAUGCAUGCCAUGGCUAAAGUCCAGUUCCCGUUCCUAUGUGAGUUCCGAAAAUAUUGUAACAAUUUCUUUCAAAUGCUUAGAAAAUGUUGAAACAGUUGACUGCUCAGUACUACUUCCAGAACUGAUUGAAAACUGUAAUGGUCUUAUUCAGCGCUGUAUUGUUAUAGAGAAACUCACAGAGAAACGAAAAUUUGAUCCUAAAGCUGGAACUAUCUUUAGAAGUUCAAGUGUAACUCAGAUGAUUUUGGGUCUUGUCAGGGAAACCUGUGUAUUAAGUACUAAAACAGAUAACUCUGAUAAUAAUGAACUUAUUGAAAGAGGGUGGAGCGUUAUUACUCUUGUUUUAUCAUCUUGCGGCGAGGAGGAGACUGUGUAUGAUAAUGAUUGUGUCGAGGCAGUUAUUUUAGCAAUAGGAGAAGUACUGAACUCCUUGAACCAUACAGCUAGUAACAGUAACUUAGUUCAGGUUGUACAAUUCGUUACCAGAGCAGCCUGUUCAUUCUUUGAUAACCUCAAAGACAUUUUGUGCCCGAAAGCUUCUGAAGAACUCAUGAUGACACUGUUCAGAAUAAGUGUUGAUUCCUUUUAUAACCUAGAAAAAAAAGUAUUGGAAUGUUGUGAGCGGGCAUGGUCAAAGGGUCUAAUUCUACUUCUCAAAUCUGAAGUUACUGAUUUAAAUGAUGAUGGAUUUUUAUACCAAGCUUGUAUAUUGAUCAAGAAACUUGUCUCGGCUAAAGAGACUAAUAGACAGUCAUUAAUUAGAUUACUGAAAAGUGUUGAGAUUUUAUUGAACAAUGUAAAAUAUAAUACAACUUCUAACAAAACAAUUCUCCAUCUGCUUCUACAACUCCUCCAUAUACCAUUUGGAGAAAAGGAAUGCUUAAAAUAUAUCUCCCUCUUGGGUUAUGUUUAUAUCUCUGGUGAUGUUUUGUCAGCUGCAGAAAAUCUUCCACAGCAUAUUUCAGUAAGUAGUGCAAACCACCUACCUGUGUUAGUAAACCAAGGAACUCUAAAUGCACAACUAGUUCUAUUCUGUCGCCGAGGAGGUAUGUCAGUAACCAUUUCUGAAGAAAGUUCAGACAAAAUUGUGAGUUCAGAGUCAAACCUUAGCAUUAACAUAAAUGACUACCUAAUUCAUGUUUUUCAAGCUUUGUCAAUAUCAAAAACGCUUCUUGUUCAUGAAAAGCUAAAGUCUUGCCAACUUUUGACAGACAUAAAGAAUUUGGAGGGUAUAGUGCAAGCAGUUAAAUUGGCACUAACAGAUUACGACAAGAAACAAUUGUUACAAAAGGCCAUCACAGAUUCAGAAGAAGAAGGCAAACUCAAAUCAUUAUUGUUAGCUUUCAUACUAGAUGCCUUUGUUCCCAAAUACUGUUCUUUGAAUUUUGAUGAAAUGAUGGAGAGAUGGAAUGACCUUUCUUGUGGAAUUGUUCAUUCUAUACAAACCCUUGCACCCUUUUUCCCUUCUUCUAAAGCCCAGAGACUAGCAGAAAUACAAAUACCGGUCCUGAUAUCUUCUAUGUCAACUACAAAUGAAUGGUUAGGAUACAGAAGUCUUGCUGUCAUUACUUCAUGCUUGUCUUCAAUGGGUAAAAACUCACAGCCCGAGAUCUUUGCAUCUUUCAGAUCAUUGGUUAAUAAUGUACUUCAGAUUGUGAGGAAUUGGCGUGGAGCAGAUGAUCACUUUAUGGUGUUAACUGAUGAAGAUUUGAAUGAUAUUAGAAAAGUACUGUCAAGCAUAGAGGUUGCAAAGUUUUUAAAUAUUGUGAUUGUAACAGCUCCUGAAAGUAUAUCAGAUAAAGAAUGGGAUAUGGUUUUAUGUUGUGUUGUUGACUGGGUGCAUAGAAUUAAAAGUUGUGCACAUGUUAAAGAUCCCCAUGUUACAUCUGUUGCAUUUGCCACAGCUGUUAGUCGUCUUCUAUUAGAGAUUUCAAAGUGCAUAAACGAAAAAGUUAAAUAUAAUGCAUCAGAAUAUCCAGAAUGUUUGUCAUCAGAGUGGAAAGAAUUUUUCAGUGAAGCAAUCUUCGGAGAGCUAAUUCCGGUAUAUAUAGCUUUGCCAGGACGAAGGUGUUGCUCAGCUGUAGUUAAAAUGAUGAUUACUGCACUGGGAAAGUCUUUGUCUUACUGUAACAAAUGCCAUAUUUUGAAACACAAACUUCCUGUUUAUCUAGAUGCAGAUGAUGAUUCCUUACUUGAACAAGACACUCAAACAUUUUUAAAUCAUUUCUGUCCCUAUUUACUUUGUGAACAGUUGGAUGUUCAGAAAACGGUUUAUUCGUUACUGGAGAAGAUAAUGGGUGAAGUUGCCAAGCAAUAUCAAGAACUUGGUAAAGAAGAUGGUUCACAAACCCGAACUGAAGAGUCUUGUAUCCAAUCCCCCCCAAAGGUAUUAAUGGGUAUAGUUAAGAAGGGAAGACAAGCUAUGGAACUAGUUCUCGGUAAUUUAUCAAUUGGUGAACAAUAUAUUAUCAGUCCGCAUUCCGAAGAAUUUCAAUUUGUGUAUGGGUAUAUGCUAGCGUGGAAACUCGUAUUGACCAUCUUCAAAACCGCCAAUCCCCAAAUGCGAGCGAAAUAUGCAACAUAUCUUAAAGAGAAUGGCUUAAUGGCAGGACUCUUGCGACACAUAUUUUGUCUUCUUCCAUCGGAGAGGACUUUAGCAGCUGUCAGUACCAGUUAUUUUAUUUCCAACAGUAUUGUUAAUGCUCUCAACACCAGUGAUGUCGAUGUACAGCAACAAGCAUACAGUCUCCUUUACCAAUGUUUGGAGACCACACCCGCAUUGGUUCGGCAGUGGUGGAUGGAUCUAGAUAGAAAGACAUCAUUAUAUGUGGAUAAAUUCACAAGCAAAUACGUAAGUCCACUACUGUGUGGGGACGAAAUAUCAGCUGUUCAACCAUCUUCAGAGGAUUUAGAAGGAAUUACAAUAAAACCAAGACCAUCCACACGUGAAGUAGUGGCUACUUACAUCAUGGCUGAAGUUAAGAUAGUUGUAACCAUCACAUUACCCGAGAACUUCCCACUAGGAGUCAUAGCUGUAAGUAGUGAUAAAAGAGUAGGCGCUACGCAGGCUCAGUGGGAUCGUUGGUUGUUGCAGCUCAAUAUUUUUCUCCAGCACCAGAAUGGAACUAUUAUAGAAGGACUUAAGUUAUGGAAGAAGAACAUCGAUAAGAGAUUCGAUGGUGUAGAGGAUUGUAUGAUUUGUUUUUCUGUGCUCCAUGGGACAACAUUUCAGUUACCGAAACUUCAAUGCCGUACAUGCAAGAAGAAAUACCACUCUGCUUGCCUUUACAAGUGGUUUAGCACAAGCAUGAACUCUACCUGCCCACUUUGUCGGAACUUAUUUUGAUCUACUAUACGUAAAUUACUGGAUUAUACUGUAUAUUUAUUGAUAUAAUUGUUCUUAUUAUGUAAUUAUGUAUGUGUAUAAAGGCAUAUUUUCGUCUUUUGA